AUGAAAUAUAGUGGACAGAUGAUUGUAUCAAAUAUCGCAUAUGUUAUUUUAAACUUUAAUGACAAAUUUAUUGUGAACAAAGAUGCCGAAGAAUAAAACCAGAAUAGCCAACCAGAUCUCGCUGACAAGAAGCCAGAUCAGGCAGAUCUUCACGCCUUACAUCGAUGAUUCCAGCGAACUCUUGGAUUCUUCGGCCGAGCUGUCCAAGGAAGACUCGAGCAGACAUGUCCAGUCCGAAGUAGUCUUCAGAGGGCGCAUCGAUCAUCUCCUGACCUUCGGACCCGUCUCAGCGGGGGCCAUCGGUGACAGGUGCAAGUCAGCCAUCGCCGAAGAGGAAGCAAUCAAGAUGGACCCGGAAGUGGCGAAGUGCUUUUCGGAUAUCAAGCAAGCACUUGCCGGGUCGAUAGCGGAAAUGGAAAAAGUGAGGCACUGCAACCGUUGUAAGAAAGUCCGCCUCAAUUAUCUUCGAGAAGACACCGUCGAGAACGUCAUUGAAGCUUAGUGUGAUCACGUUGUAUUUCGGCAGUUUAUUGGACUUUGAAAAAAAAUCUUUAAAAAUCAAUCAUGGAUUUUAUCUAGUAACAUUUGUAUUAUUGUUAUUUUAGAAUUACCCGAUUUCAUGGCUAUCGCCAAAAAUAUUUGUCGGUUCUAG